AAUCAAUUGGUCUACAAAGAGAUAUUCAGUACCAGGAAUUUUUACGUUACACCGAUAAGAAUGCAGAAAGUUAUGGACUCGUUCAAUAGUGCAACGAAACAACAAGUACUUCUUGGUGGUAUAGCGGCUUUAGGCUUAGCGUAUAUAAUCAGGAAUAUCAGGUCAGUCAUAUAUUAUCUAAGUGCCUAUUUAUCUGGAUUCUCUUUCUCCAUUGAAUCUGUAAACCUUUGAAUGAGGAUAAAUCUUUUUGCGCAUUCCUGUACUAUAUAAAAGAAUGCUUGUUUUCCCAUCUAUGACUGACCUAUAGUCAAUAAGUUAUUUGAUAAGGACAUAAAUUAAAAGUGAUUUAUCACUUUAGGCGCUAUCCUAUAUAUAAUUAUUUAUAAAUGGUCUAUAUUUAAAAAAACGAAGUUUUAAAAAGUAGAUAGACUCUGGGUUCGUUGAAACACCUAAUGAAGAAGAAAUGUUUUAAAGGAACGACUGUUUCAGAUCUAAAAGAAAGAGGAAAGAAUAUCCAAAGGAUGUUGUCAUUCUACAUCAGAUCGGAAGGGCACCUAAUUUGCCAAGUGCAUCCCCAUUUUCAAUAAAACUCGAAACUUUUCUACGAAUGGCUAAUAUCAAGUAUCAAAAUGAGAUGGACGCAUUUGUCAAUAGAUCUAAAGUUGGGAAAUUUCCCUGGAUCUCGUUUAAUGGCGAAGAAGUGGAAGAUUCACAAUUUUCUAUUGAUUACUUAAAAGAAAAAUUUAAGGUAGAUCUAAAUAAUGAUUAUUCAAGCGCCGAUAUUGCAGCUGGUAGAGCUGUAAGGCGUAUGCUGGAGGAGGGUACCUUUUGGAGUUUGGCUUUAUCUAGAACUAUAUAUAAUCUUGGAUCAGAAUACUUAAAAAAAAUGAAUAUUAAAUGGUGGCAAAUAUGGAUAAUUGGAAGGUUGAUCAAUAAGAGAGCUAAAGCUCAGGGUACUGGCCUACAUUCAAAGGAAAAGGUCAUAAAAGUAGGCUUAGACGAUCUGCGUACAAUUUCUCAUUUUCUUGGUAACAGUAAUAAAAAGUAUUUCCUUGGGGAAACUCCUAGCGAAGUGGAUGCAACUAUAUUUGGAUUUGUUACGCAAUUCAUAUAUACAUUUCCCGAUACUGAUUACGAUCGAGUCUCUAAGGAAAAAUUUAAAAAUCUGUACAGUUAUUGCGAUAGAAUGAGAGAGAAAUUCUGGCCUGAUUGGAAUGAAUGCAUUACUGAUAAACCUUAA